AUGGCCUCGCCAUCACAUGACCUCGCUCCCCGAAACCGGCUAACCCCACUUCGUUUGAAAAGCGUCUUAUUUGCAGCAUCCAUACCGUUUUCUGGGCUCAAUCCAGGCACCCAAAAAUUUGAUUCUGCCGUCAUUCCAUCAAAUUUUGCGACAUCGGACGUGGACUGCAAGGGAAACCAGAAAUACGCCCCCAUUGGCAACAUAAACCCCAGAGUGGCGGCGCACGGGGUGACGGGCGGCAUCGGAGGGGGAGGGGUUGGCCAAUUUCCAUCUGAGUCUCAAAGUGCGACUCCAGCAACGAGCCCGGGUCGGCUCAAUGCGAAACUGCAUGCCCCCGGUCUUGUAGCUUCGCUUGCCGGAAGGAAGCGCAAUGGAGCUGGCGCCGGGCUGGAUAGUUCGCCUGGCAGCAUUGAUGAGAUCGAUGAAGGGGAUCAGCAAGAGGAGAAGAAGAGACAGCCCGUCAAACGUGCCUGCAAUGAGUGUCGUCAACAAAAACUCCGGUGUGAUGUGGUCCAAGACCCGUUCAUGGAAUGCUCGCGUUGUCGUCGUCUCAAACUAGAUUGUAAAAUCGAAACCAACUUCAAGCGAGUCGGGAAAAGAAGUCGCAACGCCGAGAUGGAACGGGAGAUUAUCGAGCUGAGGAGACAAAUUGCGAAUGUGAAUGCUACCAACGCGUCGUUGAAGGCCCAACAAGGCGUCCCGAGCAAACCACACGAGGCGUCUGCCAUAUCGACUCCGCUGAGUGCUGGGCCAAUGUAUCAGACACCUACACCACUGUCGGCAGACCAGUACAUGGGCUCACACGAAGCCGUGGCAUCGCUACUGGAUUUGCGCUCCGGGUUUGAUGGAGCAAACUAUAUGCGGAAUGGUGGCCACCAGUUCAAAAGAAUAGAAGAUGUCAUGGUCGCAACGGAUCGGGUCAACGAGCUAUUCAACUUAUUCUUUACCUUUUAUCACCCCUAUCUCCCGUUCCUUGACCGCGAGAUCACACCUGAAGAUUAUUACGCGACCUCUCCCCUCCUCUUCUGGAUGAUCAUCAGCGUAGGUGCACGCCGGUAUCAAACUGAUAUCCACCUCUUAAAUUCACUAUCCGGUCCGGUAACACGUCUUGUUUGGAGCACCAUCGCCGACAUACCUCAGAGCUUUCACGCCGUCAAAGCAAUCUGCUUGCUUUGCACUUGGCCGUUCCCAACCAGCAGCACGUCCACCGACCCUACCUUUAUGCUGUGCGGUCUUAUGAUUCAUGUUUCUAUGCAACUGGGUCUCCACCGGCCUUCCCAUACACAAGAUUUCUCGAAGUUUAACGUUGAACUUCUUGAGUCGGAGCUCAGGGAUAAAGUCAGGACGUGGGCUAUCUGCAAUAUAGUAGCACAAAGGGUGGCAACUGGCUAUGGACAACCUCCUUCGACUUUGUACGACUGGACUCUGGGUGCUAGCGAAAUCCUUGAUCCAAAUUUCCGACUACCUCGUGAAAUCAAGGCCAGGUUACAGAUUGAAGAGUUUGCCGACAAGGUGACCAAGGCAUUGUAUAAUAACAGGAGGAACCCAGUGGGUCUGGCUGAGGGAAACGAGAGGCCUUCGCUUAUCUCAUUUCUAAUCCGUGAUUACGAGGAUCUAGAGGAUCAGUUGAAGGCUGAGAAUGAUGCUAUCACUGAUCUCUACCUGAGAGCAGCUAGUCUCCACAUGCACCUAUGCUCAUUCUUUGACGAUCCAUCAUUACCAGGAUAUCGCGAACGUCUUCUUGCGCUGCACUCGGCAACAUGCAACUUCCUGGAGUCUGCGUUGAAUCUGGAGACCGAUGUAGGCCCAGUGCUUCCCUACACGCCGUACUACAUCUUCCAGAUGAUGCUCGCGGGCGGGUACUCCUUGAUGAAGCUGUGCAAGAGCUUUUUUUCCGCUCAUAUAGACUUAGAGUACACCAAGAGACUCUUCAACAGAACGAUAUGGUCUAUCCGGGCCAUUUCAGUGUCAAACAAUGAUUUACCUCAGCGAUUAACCGAAGUUCUUACCCAGAUGUGGAAACAGGGAGGCGCUCCAACUCCACGACCGGCUUCAUCAUCAUCAACAAUUGAUGAUUCCCUACAACUCAAGGUUCGAUGUCGAAUGAGCAUGUCUCUGGUCUACGAUUCAGUCUGGCGAUGGCGAGAAGACGCAUUGGCCAAAGGUCGCAAUAUCGAAGCCUCCCUCAAAAACCCCACCGACCCCGACUCCAACGGUGAAUCUACUGCUCCCUCGGCUCUUGCACCACAGGGUCGAGCCUCAUCAACCACACCUGGAGUCAACGGCGACCCCAGUCUGGCGCCUGCUCCCGCAGUCUCACACGGCCUCUCCAUGUCUGCUUCGUCUAGUGGUGUAGGCAAUCUUCCCAGUUCUGUCAGCGGCUUUCUGGAACCCAACUACGAGGUUUUUGAUCCUUUGAACUGGCUUCUCGAUGGCUUAGUUGACUUCCCGUAUAACAUGCCCAUGCAGGGUAUAGAAACGCAAGGGUUAGCCGGAUGA